UGAUUGGCAUGAGUGUGGUCAUGACGUAUCUAAUCUGACUAGUUCUAACCUCUCAUUUUCCGUGUUUUUCAUUUAUUAAGUAGUUUACAGUCAUCGGCGGCCGGUCGCGAAUAUGUUCUUCAAGGUUUUCCUCAAGAACUGCUCUCUGAUUUAUUAUCAACGCCAACGGGAUUUGACUAAAUUAAGAACUUAUGGCUCGGUUUUCGUGGGGGCCUUCGCCCUAUUUUCCUCCAAAAAACUCAUCAUCCCAACCGACGACUUCAUGGCCUUACCCAUUACCCCCAUUCCGCAACUAGAUGCCGCCCGCGACGACAUGAAAACCCGCAUGGAACUCAUGAUCCUACGAGUCCAAGCCGAAGUAUGCAAAGCUCUAGAAAAAGAAGAAGACUGCAACAAAUUCCAAGUUGACCGAUGGUUCCGUCACGACGGUGGCGGCGGCGGGAUCACCUGCGUCCUCCAAGACGGCAAAGUCUUCGAAAAAGCAGGCGUCAACAUUUCCGUCAUUUCUGGAAAUUUAUCCCGAGGCGGUGUCGCCCAGAUGCGUUCUCGUGGUAAAAAGCUCAAAAAUGACGAGCCGCCUUACUUCGUAGCGGGUAUUAGUGCUGUUAUACACCCCAGAAACCCAAUGGUGCCAACUAUACAUUUUAACUAUCGCUAUUUUGAGGUGCAAGACGGGGACGACCUUGUAUGGUGGUUCGGGGGCGGUACUGAUCUCACGCCGUAUUAUUUGAGUACCGCCGACGCUAUACAUUUUCAUGCGACGCUCAAGGAAGCCUGUGAUAAGCAUGACAAGUCGUUUUAUCCGAAAUUUAAAAAGUGGUGCGAUGACUAUUUUAAUAUUCCUCAUAGAGGGGAAAGGAGGGGGAUCGGAGGGAUAUUUUUUGACGAUUUGGAUCAGCCCGAUCGAGAAACUUGCUUUAAAUUUGCCACUGACUGCGCAGACGCGGUUAUUCCUUCUUACAUUCCUUUAGUUGCGAGACAUAAACAUGCUCCAUAUACUAAAAGUGAACGAGACUGGCAACUAUUGAGGCGUGGACGGUACGUAGAAUUCAAUCUAGUCUACGACAGAGGUACGAAAUUUGGUUUUAAUACACCACACGCCAGACAUGAGAGUAUUUUGAUGUCGCUGCCCUUACUUGCCAGGUGGGAAUAUAUGCAUCAGCCUGAAAGCAAAUCGCCAGAGGGAGAACUACUGGAAGUUUUAAAGAAUCCCAAAAACUGGAUUGAAGAUUGCUCUUGUGAAGAAAGUUAAUUUUUAUGGUUUAUUUGUUUUAAAUAUAAACUUAUAUACAGA